AUGAGUACUCAACCAUCGUUCAACAUCACGCCAGUUCGUACUGCUGAUGAUCUUGAAGCUACAAUCAGUCUCUUCCAUACUUAUGUCAAAUCACUUGGAGUAGAUCUUACAUUCCAAGAUUUCGAAAACGAGAUGGCCACUAUGCCUGGAAAAUACGUGCCCCCAGCUGGUGAACUUCUUCUUGCUCGCAGUUCUCAAGGAGAACCGAUAGGAUGUGUAGCUUUACGUGCACUCGGGUCAGUAGGUUCUGGAUGUUGUGAGAUGAAACGUCUGUACACAUUGCCUGACGUUCGAGGUGUAGGUGUCGGCAAAGCGUUGGUACUUGCUAUUUUGGAAGUAGCCCGGUGUUUGCAGUAUGACGAGAUCAAACUAGACACUUUACCAAGCAUGAAAUCAGCCAUUGGAUUGUACAAGAAGUUAGGAUUUGUGGAAACAGAACCAUAUUACAACACUCCACUCGAAGGAACAAUCUUUCUCACUCUCUCCCUUCGCUAA